AUGUGUCGAAUUCUUAAGAAGCUCAGACACUUUAACAUCUCAGUUGUCAUUUGUGUACAGACAGCAAAGAGUUUAAGUAAGGAUGUAAAGAGAAUACUUACUGACAUUGUACUUUUCCCUGGAUUGUCCGAAGACGAUUUCAUGGAACUUAUGAAAGAGUCCAUGGCAGGUAAGUUUGACAGACAUGAACUCUGGGAGAAGUACAAAGUCAUACAAGACCCUCAUACUUCUUUCAGAAUUCACAUCUACGCGAACAAAGUUCAAAUUGUAAAAAGUCAAGCUUGA